CCGCAAUCCACGAAACCUCACCUGUCGCGAACCCUCCCUCACCUCACCCUCAGUCGCUCUUUUCUAGCUACUUCUCGCGCUUUCCUCUCCUCUCCACUCGCAUCCCCUCACAUCACCGCCCAGCACAGCCACCGCCCUCCAUUCCUUCACGAUUCGCAAAGAUGAAGGUCAAUAUCAAGUCCUACACCGCCGUGGCCUCGUGGAAGUGGGACCUGCCGCCAGGCUCCGACAAGGACUGCGGCAUCUGUCGGGUCGACUUCGAAGGUACCUGCUCCAAGUGCAAGUAUCCAGGCGACGAGUGCCCCAUCAUGAUCGGCGAGUGCAAGCAUUGCUUCCACAUGCACUGCAUCGCCGUCUGGCUCCAGUCCGAGUCCUCUCAGGGCCGUUGCCCAAUGUGCCGCCAGCCUUUCCGCGAGAAGGUCGCUGAGGUCAAGGGCGCCGGUCCGCAGACUCCAGCUGGUCGCCAGCCGCCACGCAGUGGUGGCACCGGCGCUUCGAACCGUUCUGGUUGACGAGCGCAUCUCGUCUUAAGACCAGAUUGACUCGACCGACACCCACCAACACCAACACUACUCGAGUGAUCGACAUCUCUCGGUGCACUUGGAGCUCUCCCUUUUCUUUUGUACAGGCACUUGGCAGACAUGCACGAAAACAUUAACGAACAACUGAUGAACGACGAUUGUACGGAAGGCACUGUUUGAGAUACCCCCAGGAAGCGCAGCAUCGAGCAUGACUGACGCCCUAUUGCGACUUGUGCUUUUUUGUCUUGGAACAACCCCUACCCAGCUCAGAGGAUUGCGGAUUGCUUUGUUCAACGGUUUGAGAAAGAAUUUGUCUGGAAACUACUGCAAAAGACGCCAGGUGCGUUUAACAUGUAGGACUUGCAGAUGACUGGAUCAUCCUAGUGUAUGGAAGAAUAACAAACUCCUGGCUUGCGCUGAAUAUUUCCUCCAC